AUGUCCAAAAUCGGAGUUUUCCCCGCCGCCGGAGGCCUUGGCGGAAGCAUUGCGCACCACCUGUCAAAACUAGUCCCCGCAUCACAACUGAUUCUGAUCGCGCGCAAACCCGAAACUCUCACAGAAUAUGAGAACUCCGGCGCGACGAUCCGAAAAGCGGAUUACGACUCUCCAGAGACUCUCAAAGAUGCAUUCGAAGGAGUGGACACUCUCAUGCUGAUUUCAUAUGCGUCCUUUGAAAUCGAGCAUAGAAUCAAGGUCCACCGCAUCGCUAUCGACGCCGCUAUCGCUAGUGGUGUGAAACAUGUCUUUUACUCUUCUCUUGCAUUCGCCGGAUUGACAGAUACCAGCGUUGCGCAAGUGAUGGGUGCACAUCUUCAAAUUGAGGCCUAUUUAGCUUCGCUCACGGAUAAAAUAAGCUACACCGUUGUUCGCGAGGGAAUAUACUCAGAAUCAUACCCAAUCUACACAUCCUGGUUUGACCCCUCGUCAUCCAACAACGAGAUCACAAUCCCACACAAUGGAUCCGGUCCGGGUGUCGCAUGGGUCAAACGCGACGAGUUGGGCGAAGCCACCGCACGGCUUAUCGCCUCCUACGUCAAAGAUCCGGCGAGUUUCAAGUACACGAAUGAGAAACUUCUUUUGACUGGUCAGAAGGAGUAUUCACUUUCAGAAACGGUGAAAAUUCUGGGGAGAGUUCUGGGAAGAGAUUUGAGGAUCAGAGAGAUAUCGGUUGAUGAUUAUGUCAAGCUGAAACAUGGAGGAUUGCACACUUAUCAUGGGGUCGAUCUUUCGAGGGAAUGGGCUACCGCGUGGGAGGGGAUCAGGAGAGGUGAGACUGCUGCUGUUACGGGGGAUAUUAAGGAGAUUCUUGGGAGGGAGCCAGAGGCGUAUGAGACUACGAUCAGAGACUUGAUCGGGUGA